AUGUAUAAUAAACCUGUACCAUACUUGUCUUCUCUAAUAUCCAUCAUGUCAAAUGAUAAUUCUAAAUCAACCUUUGACGAGCUUCGAUGGGUGAUUCACAUCCGCAAAACCCUUGAAGAAGAGCUUGAGGAAGAUGGUGAAUUUGCUGUAUCCAUCUUCAGUGUGCCCAAGCUCCUCAUGGCAAGUGAUCCACACUCUUACGUCCCUCAACAGGUUGCAAUUGGUCCUUACCACUAUUGGCGUCCAGAGCUAUUUGAGAUGCAAAGGUACAAGAUUGCAGCAGCAAAAAGAUUCCAGAAACGUCUACAAAGCUGCAAGUUGGAGACUCUUGUAGACCAAUUGACCAAGUUGGAGGAGAGGGUUCGAGCAUGCUACCACAAGUUCUUGGAUUUCAACGGGGAAACAUUGGUGUGGAUGAUGACAGUUGAUGCCUCAUUCUUGCUUGAGUUCCUUCAAGUUUUUGCCAUGCAGGAGGGAGAAAAGGUGCAGAGGGUUUCUUCCAGCAUGUCCCAUUUGGUGGAUUAUGCUGGGAAGAAAUCAGCUCAUAAUGCAAUUUUGAGGGACUUUGUAAUGCUUGAGAAUCAAAUCCCAUUGUUUGUGUUGAGAAAGAUGCUGGAGUUCAAAUUCUCAUCGCUUGAAGCUGCUGAUGACAUGCUGAGCUUGAUGUUUAUAGGGCUGUUCAAAGAGAUUUCUCCUUUCAAGAUGAUGGAGGAGUAUCCGAACAUUCAGGUCUCGGAGAGUUUGCAUCUGCUAGAUUUCUUGUAUGAUGUGAUAGUGCCAAAAUUAGAACAACAACCAGACACGACCGAAGCCGAGGUUCAACAAGAAGAACAAAAGGAAGGGAAUGAAGAAGGAACCUCAGACUCCAGCCAUGUUAAGCAAUUAUUCAGUGAAAUAUGGAAUCUUCUUUCAAAGUUACACAAAGGGCCAGUAAAAUUAAUUCAAAAGGUAACUGUAUCUAGACCUCUCAAAGUCUUUUCACAAUUGCCUUGGAAAAUCGCGUCCAACCUUCCAGGACUUAAGCUUCUGAAGAAACCUGUUGAAUAUUUCAUCUCCUCUCAAGAAAAAGGAGAUGAAAAGGGAGAAAGUGCGAGUCCAAGCUCCAAUAGUUUCAUGAACAAGCCACCCUCAGUAGAGGAAAUCACUAUUCCUUCUGUUACAGACCUCUUCAGUUGUGGUGUUCAUUUUGCACCUACUAAGGGAAGCAUAUCAAACAUCAGUUUUGACCCCAAAACACGCACGUUUUACCUUCCCACAAUUGCUUUGGACGUUAACACUGAAGUUUUCCUCAGAAACUUGGUUGCAUAUGAAGCAUCAGUUGCAUCAGGGCCAUUGGUUAUAACCCGUUACACUGAGUUGAUGAACGGAAUUAUAGACACGGAGGAAGAUGCAAAGAUUCUGAGAGAAAAAGGGAUCAUUCUUAACCACUUGAAAAGUGAUAAAGAGGUGGCUAACCUGUGGAAUGGAAUGAACAAGUCCUUGAGACUGUCAAGGGUCCCAGAAUUGGACAAAGUGAUUGAGGAUGUGAACAAGUAUCACAAUGGUAGAAUGAAGGUAAAAAUUUGGAAGUUCAUGAAGGCUUACGUGUUUAGUUCUUGGCAGUUUUUGACAUUCCUUGCUGCCAUAUGCCUCUUGCUCUUGAUGGCUUUGCAAUCUUUCUGCUCUGUCUACACUUGCAAUCGUUUUUUACGAUCUGCACUAAAUUCCAGUGGUUAA